AUGGGGAAUCCAAGGCCGCUGAUGCCAGCGGUGGUGAAGCGACCUUUUUGGAUGUUAUUUUUGCCGUCAACGUACACGAGCCGCAUUCACCGCUGGGCGUACCAUGCGCCCACGCUUAUGUUUGGUGUUGCUACAGCCGCCAUUCUCAUGCGGCAGUCGUACUAUCGCAGCUCCCUGGAUGAUGAGGAUGAGAAUACGUGCGACCGCAUUGAUCGCCGCGCGUAUAUAGCCCUACCGGACGGCCGCAUGGCGCUUGUGUAUCCCAUCAUUGACACUCUGGUUACCCCCACACGUGUUGUUUUGUCAUUGUUGGAUGCCAUCAACCCCAUGCCGUGA